AACUUUAGUUCUAUUCCAACAAACAUAUCAGGAGUAAAGAGAAAUAAAAUAUAUAAAAAGCUUUUUGUAUAUUUUCGUAUUUUUCGAAAUUUAGUGAUUUCUAGUUCUGUUAUCAGUGAAAAACAAAUUUAAUUAAAAAUGUUCAGAAAAGUUGUGUUCGUACUAUGCAUUAUCGGCGUUGCCACAGCCCAAGAAAGCUUCAAGGAUUGCUUACAAAAGGAUUCAAUCUCUUGUGUUCAAUUAUCGAUCUAUCGAAAAGCUCGUGAAUUCUUCGAGUCACCGAAAAUCGAAAUCAUUAGCGGACUUUCAUUCGUCAAACCAGCUGGUCGUGAUGCUCGCUCAUCAAACAUUGAUGGAACUUUCGUUGAAACCGCUAACGAUGUUGAACAACGUGAAAGUGCUUUAGAGAACUUUGUCACUGAAGGUGCUAAGAACUUCUUCCAAGAACGAUCUCUCAACCUCGACAUGGCCAGCGCAGCCCGCAGCGUUGCUGGAGUUAUCCCAGAAGAAGUUAAAUCAUCAGUUCGUUCAUUGGUCUCAGAAGCUCGUGGCAAGAAGAAGAAGAUCAUGAAACAUCUCAUGCCAAUCCUUGGAUUGAUGAAAUUGAAAUUCGCUGGUUUGGCUGUCAUCGCUCUCUUCGGAAUUGCUAUGAUUGCAAAGAAAGCUUUGGUCAUCGCCGUCAUUGCCCUCGUCUUGUCAAAAUUCUUGCUCAUCAAGAAACUUUUGUCAAAGGGUAAGGGUGAAGGUGCACACAUUGGCGGACUUUUGGACGCUUUCGACAGCCUCGGCUCCCACAGCCAGCCCGUUGGACAACAACUCGCUUACUCGGGACACAAGCAAUACUAAACAACAGCCAGUAACUCUCAGAAGUAAAAGAAAGAAGAAGAUCUUUGAGUUUCUAGUUUAAGCAAAAAAAAACAUUGAAAAGGGAAUCACAGUUUAAGGAAUUUUCCGAUGACUCAACUUCAGCUAUCAAUUUCAAAAAACUUCUUUCUUCGCUGAUGCACAUAAACUAAACGAAAAACUUUCUCCUCAGGAUGAAACUCUUACUUUCCCUUCGAAGCUCGAAUCUUUUCUACUCAGGAUUUUAUCUCGUUCUCUUCAAAGAAAUUUCUUCUAUCCGAUCUACACGACAUGUUAGAUUGACAAAUUGCGUUGAACCGCUAACAAAAGAAACCACCAAAUUUACAAUAGCUUAUUAUUAAUCUUAAUUUUAUUGACUAAAUGCUUGACAAACGCUUCUCAGCACAAAGUUUUAGCUUAAAAAAUUUCUAUCUAGUCUACCACCCAACACAACCCAACACAUGAACGACACGACUUUUGCACAUGAAAUAGUUCUUUAAGCUCUUACUCGAUUAAUUUUACUCUUCACUGUUUUCUAGUCUCUUUUUUAUGUUUGUUAUUAAUGAUUUUAUGCUUUAAUUUUACACUUUAUCAUACUGAACUGUAUUCCUAAGUUUACAAACCAAAUCUUUCUUUUUCAUCUCUCUUUACCUUUCGUAUCCAACAAGCACUCUUUCUUCUUCCACCGUUACACAAAUCUAAGAAAUGACUUAAACUUUGUAAAAUGCACUUUUUUUCUCAAUUAGAUUGCCGAAGAAUCUUCUGACGUCUCGAGAGAUAAGUGAAAACGAAAACCACAAACAAACACAAAAAAAGAAUCAGAAAACCCAAUUGCAUAGAAAAAUUGUUCUUAAAGUUAAAUUAUUUUAUUUAUUUAUUUAUUUCGAACAACGAGAAAACAAGAAGAAAAAUAAAGAAAAACUUGUAAAUAAGCAAGCAAUCAAAAUGUGAAAAAAUUAAAAACAA